AUGUUUUACACCACUAAAACAAGCAUCGAAGGUUCAGCAAAAUACCCCAAAGAUGAUAGUAGUAGUACUUGUGAUGAAAGUGAUGGAGCCCGCUCUGUAAUUGACCAUGAAAUGGACUAUUUUUUUUCUGUCGAUAGUACACGUAAAUUGGAACCCAUUCGAGCUAGAGGUGAGGCAAAUUUAAGUGAUUCAGAUGCGUAUUUAUCAACUAAAUUUUACGAUGAGCCAUCUGAUGAAGAAUCUCUGUUCAGUGAUACAGAAGAUCAUGACACAGAUAACAUUUUAUUGAGAUAUGGUCUCACAGAACCAAUUCAUCCGUACACGAAUCAGUCGACAUACAUUAUUGCAUCGAGUUCUUACGUUUGUCAAGAGAUUGUUUACUGGACAAAAAUAAGCGACAGAACACACGCAGUUAUGCCAAAACAAAAAAUUCAGUUUGAUGAAAAUCUUGACGGAAUCGGAUGGGUAAAUUUUAACGGACAACGAUAUCUUGGUACAAUAAUUCAGGAAGGAGAUAAAAAAAAAAUGGAACGACGGGCCAAAUAUCUUGAUAAGAUAUAUUCAACUCAAGAAGAGAGUAGUUGCGAAGAUGAUGAACGUUCAAGCAUAAAGAAAAACCUUACAAAACGUCUCAACAGUGACGAUGAAGAAGAAAGUUCGAAUCAGAACAAUGAUACACAAAGUACAGAAAUUGCAGCUGGAACCUAUCUUCAACAGGUUGAAAAUUUAAUUGGUAAUGAGUCAUCAAGGAAUCAAGCGAUGAAUGAUACGACAAGGAAUCUUUUCUACCCAUGUAAAGUCAUUGCGUUUGAAAAGACGCGUCUAAACGCGUUUUUUUCAGAAAAAAAUGGUCAGACGCGCCUGAACGCGUCGUACCGAGAUGCGUUUAGACGCGUCUAGCACUUUUUAUUAAAAAAAACGCGUCUUAACGCGCUUUACCAAAAGAAGUCUCCAAGACGCGUCUGAACGCGUCGUACCGUGACGCGCUUAUAAUCCUCACUCAUCGUGUCAAAAUCAAUCGAAAGCGUUUCAAGACUUGUGCCGAUUUCCUUGAUAAAAUACACAUAUUCAGAGAAUGCGAAAGAAGUGAGACCAGACAAUGUUUCAAUGCGGAA